UGUGGAGGAGUUAGGAUAUGGCAUACUAAGGAUGAGGUAAAUGAUCCUACCUGCAUUCAACGCCGCUGGAAAGGAAACUCUGAUUUAUGGUAUGGGCUAGCUUUUCUUGUGAUAAGAAAGGCCCUAUUCAUAUCUGGUCUCCGGAGACUGCUCAGCAGAAGCGGCAAGCUACCAAGGAGAUUGAGAAGUUGAACAGAGAGUUAGAGCCAAUCUACAAGCAAGAGUGGGAGCUCAGUAUCGGUCUGUCAAGAAUGAGGCUUAGACUUUAGGGUAAUGUGCCUGGCCGUGAACCAGUCUGGCAUUGGAAUAAAAAGAAUGGCCGUUUAGAGCGUAACUCUAAAGGGGGAAUAGAUUGGUACCGGUAUAAUAAAGAAGUCCUAGUUCCAAAGCUGAUUCCCUUUGCUAAAGAAUGCAUGAUUGAGCGUCCAAAAACUUCAGUUUUAGAGGCUAAGAGGAUGGAGCAC